UUUACAUUAGUCAAGUUACUUGAAUCAAGUUAACUUGAGUCAAGUCAACUUGAAUCAAUUUUGGUGUUUACACUAUAUGAACGAUUUUUGCAAACUUGAAUUCAAGUGGAGGGAUUGUUUUGGUUGUCUGCAGUGAAAAUGGCCGUCACUCCUGAUGAUAUAGCUGAUGCUCUCCGUCAAGUCGUUGCACUGGUAGUACCAUUAGUAAGCGAUGUUACAGUAAAUGCAUUAAGAAAAAAUGAAAGAAGAAGAGGAAGAGUAUGGGUACGGAGUUGGAUUAGUCGUAGAUUAAUUCUUGGAGCCUCAAACAGCUUACUCAGAGAAUUAGCUGUAGAGGACGUGGAUUCAUACAGAAACCACCUAAGAAUGACACCACAAAGGUUUGAUGAACUUUUGACUUUGGUUGAAAAGAAGAUUAAAAAAAAGGAUACAAUGUUCAGGCUAGCAAUACCGGCAAAAACUAAACUUGAAAUAACCUUAAGGUAUUUAGCUACUGGUGACAGUUUCGCUUCUUUGCAGUAUCUAUACAGAGUGCCAAAAAGUUCAAUCAGCAAAUUCCUACCUGAAGUUUUGGCAGCGGUUUACGAAGUACUCGAAGAAUAUAUUAAGGUGCCAAGUACAAAGGAAGAGUGGGAAUUGGUGCAACGCAAAUUUGAAGUGCAGUGGAACUUUCCCAAUUGCAUAGGAGCCAUUGAUGGGAAACAUGUCCAAAUAAAGUGCCCUGCUGAGAGCGGUUCGAAUUACUACAAUUACAAGGGUACAUUCAGCAUCAUACUGUUCGCAUUAGUUGAUGCCGAAUACAAUUUCUUAUACAUAGAUGUCGGUGCUAAUGGAAAGUCAAAUGAUGGUGCAGUUUUUCAAUAACGUAACACCCUAAAUUUACCACAGAAUGCCGUUAUUGUUGCAGAUGAUGCGUUUCCUCUAAGAAAGGACAUACCGUAAAAUGGG